AUGGCUGAAGAAAAUCAAGUUGCUGUUCAAAUUGAAGAGAAUCAUGAACAUCAAGAAGAAGGGGAAGAUGCCGAAGCGCUCGAGGCAAUGAAACAACGUGUAAAAGAAAUGGAAGAAGAAGCGGCAAAACUUCGCGAAAUGCAAGCUCAAGUCGAAAAAGAGAUGAAUUUAACUACAGAAGAAGACAAAGAAGCAAUUGAUGCUCGAUCAAUCUAUGUUGGCAAUGUGGACUAUGCUGCAACACCGGAAGAUUUACAGAAUCACUUCCAAUCGUGUGGUACAAUAAAUCGGGUUACUAUCCUUUGUGAUAAAUUUAGUGGUCAUCCUAAAGGGUAUUUUGCAGAUCCAAGUUCAGUUGCUAAUGCAAUGUUGUUGGAUAAUACGGUGCUACGUGGACGUCCAAUUAAGGAAGGGGCGGUCGGGGUGCUCGUGCUAGCUGGCGAGGUGGAUUUUAUGGACAUGGUGCUUAUUUUGCCCCAACUUUCAGAGGUCGUGGAAG